AUGAAUCUCAUAUACAACGGGGCCGCCGAGACAAUAAUAUGGCUUGGUCUCGCCACAGAUGAAACGGCCAGGGCUAUUGAGCUCGUUCAGAAGAUUGCGAACGGCGCUGGGUCUAAGAUCAUAGAAUGGGGAAGGGCUCAGUCAUACGGCGAUGCUUACAUCAUAGAUGAUCUUGAGCUUCUCAAGAGGAAUGGCCUUCCUAAUCUUACUGAGAACGAUUGGCUGACUCUUCGAGAUAUCUACACACGGCCGUGGUUCGGACGUGUCUGGAUGCUACAAGAAGUUGCCCUCUCUCGCAAUCCAAGAGUUGUCAUCGGCCACCACGAGACAUUAUGGGAUUCUAUUGGCGAUACAGCUGGACUGGUCAACAUGUCCGGCGCCCUCAUCGGCUUGUUUACUGUGGGCUCCGAAUCAGAAACCGCGCCUUUAAUCUACUCUCUUGUUCACGCUGCUGGCCUCCACGUUACUCGCCAAUGGUUGCAGGACAAGGAUAGUCGGUACAAGGAGGCCCUGUUCACUAUUCCUGUCGACGAAAUUUUCGCUAUUCCAGGCAUCUGA